GCGUAGACCGCCCGCUAGGCCGUGCCGCCAGUUUGCUACGCGGCUACGAAAUGUUGACGUGUUCGCUAGUGCUCUUGGCACUGUUUGCCUCGGCCCAAGGACGAGCGGUGAACAUCAGCAAUACUUGGGUGCUACCAGAGGAAGGGUUCCCGGUGUUCUACCGCUACUUCAGGGACCGCAUCUCUUGGUACGAAGCCGACGCCGUCUGCCAGUUCCACCAUGCUAACCUUGUCACAGUGGAUACGACAGCGCAGUAUGAUGCCGUGCGAGCAUACCUCAAAGAACUAGACAUCUCCAGUGCUGUGUGGGUCGGUCUUAUUCGCAGCAACCCAGAUGGAGACUUCACAUGGACUGACUACCGCGGUCUAAGUGGCGACGGCUAUUGGAGCUCGGCGCCUGAUGCCCGCACAGCGCCACUGUGUGCAGCCGCCGAUCCCGCCGCCGAUUAUCGCUGGGAAGCACGCGCAUGCGGCGGGCCCACUGUCGCCUCCUUCAUUUGUGAACUGCCUGUACCACAAUGGGCGCUUGGAAACGAAGGCUGCAUGGUGCGAGCGUUACCAGCACUCACCAUCCUGUACUUACCAGAGAGCGCCGCCGUGCAACUGACUGCUGACUGCGGCCUGGCUGGAGUAAAGCGAGUCCAGUGUACUGGGAAUGUGAAACGCGAUGCUCUUCUGAAAGAUCUAUCAUGCAAUGAAGAGGACGAACUAACAACAGCAUCCAAUCUGGUGUCAGGAAGUACAUGGUCAGUGUCAGAUAUGACUGCAAACACAACCGAUCUCGAAGCAGUUACUGAACUGACUACAGAGGAAGAUCUUACAACGGAACAUGACAAUGAAGCAGACAAACCGAAAUUAAUCCAAGCUACAGCUGCACCUAUCUUGGUACAAGAGAAACUUCCAACGAAACAAGAAACUAUUAUAAACAAACUUAACAGUAUUUACUCGCAAAAGAAUACCAACUUAGAUUUAAUUCAUAACAACAAUUUGCAGAGUAAUGACAUUCCAAAACUUGCAAACAACGAAAACUUUUUAACACUAGAACAAUCAGAGAAAUUAGAAGAUGAGAAACAUAUGCAUCAUAAAAUGUUACACGACGAAUUGGCGAGACAUGGAAACUUUGAAACAAUAUUUACGCAACCAACCGAUCAUUUCGUACCUCCUUUGGUAAUGGCGAAGUCUAAAAUGAGUGAUGAUAUGACGGUAUUAUCACUAGCUGAAAAACACGCGCAACAACUAGCAGAACAACGAUUUGGUAAACAUAAUUUACUUGACGAGCAUAGUGAUCACUUGCAUGUUUACAGUAGUAAAAAUACGCCUAAAAUAACAACAGAAGAACCUAAUAAGGUUGAAAUUAUAGACAAACCUUUAAUAAUGACUUUACAGCCGGUUAUUAAAGAAAGCUACAAGAAAGACAAAGUAAAAACCAGCUUGCCGAAGAAAUAUAAAGAGAAGUAUGAAGAUCCAAAAGGAAGAAAUUUAAAAAUUGAUGGUAAAUUACUUAAAUUUGAAAAAUCCACAGAAAAAGCAUCCACAACAACUAAAAUAAUAGAAACAACCCCGGCACUAGUGACGGAAUUGAAUAAAAAUAAGGUAGAUGAUGAUACCUUAGAACUAACCGUCGUUUUGAAAGAACCAGUUGUAGCAAAAUCAGUAACUUUAAAGAAUAUUGAUAAUUUUAAAGUCGAAAAUGCAGCGUCCACACCAGUGAACGUAGCGAUUACCGAAAAUAUUACUACGGAAUCAGCAACACAAACACCAUAUAUUAGCACAACUCAUAUAGAUGUUAAAGACAUCAAAAAAGAAGAUGAAAUAUCUUCAAUAAGUGACGCUGUAUCCUCCUUUACACAAGCAGGACUUAAAGAAGGAGAAAAUGACACUACUGAGACUCCGAUUAAAACUACCAUACAACUGGAAGACGUUACAAUGAAUCAUGAAAUUGUAACUAUAAAAAUUGACAAUGACGAUGAUAAAGCAAGUCCUACUCAAACAGUUUUUGAAAUUACUACCUUAGUGCCUGAAUUCAAAGAUACUGUAAGCAAAGACAAUAAACUUAAUAUGUUUACAACUGAUCACCAAAUUACUACUCUUAAGGAAGAUAUUACUGCAACUUCGACGGCUGUUACAACUGUUGGUAUUGCAAAAGAGGAAACAAUUACAACUGCAUCUUCUGAAAUUUCUACGGCUCCAGUCACAGUUCAGUCCACAACUUAUAUUCCUCCACAUGCAAGUAAUAAAAUAACCAGCACUGAAUUACAUGUUGUGACAGCUAAAGUAGAAAGUGUAUCGGUAUCCACAUUGGAGCCAAAAGUAAAUAAAACAAAGGAUGUGAAACCUACUACAGAACUGGCAACUUCUACGCAUGUUUCGUACACAACGUCAAAUGAGAAACUAGACAUCUAUAAUAUUACGGAGACUUAUGAUGAUUAUAAGAAUUCUACAGAUACAGAAGCAAUAGACGAUUUAAACUCGCCGUUGCUCUCAGCUGCGAAUGAACCUUUGCACCGGCCCAAUAGGUCACGAAGACCGCAGCCACCACCAAAUAGAUUGAAUAAAUUCAAUCCAUUCCGUAUGCUAGGUUAAACUUUCACAAUAUAAUUAGUUCGACUGCCACAAAUUCUAAUGAUGACUGAACAAUUAUAACAUUCAUAGAAUUAGUGGAAUAUCACAGUCAUUAUAAUUGUGAUGGCACGGUGCACUUAGCUAAUUACCGAGUUGUGUUUAUCAAUGUCAAAAUAGCGCAAUCAAAUGUUUCACACAUAGCAAUCUUUUUAUGUACGCACGACUUAGGUUGUAUCAAACUAGAUGUUGACUUAAGUAAUUUAAUUUUAUUAGCUUGUUUUAUUCAUUGAAUGCUUAUAUUCAUGUAGAAUAGAAAAAUAGUGGAAGAUAAUCUAGUCAAUUGGUAAUAUGUAUUUUACUAUAGCAUAGCUAUACCUUUACUCAUUAUUAUGUACUUUUCUUAGAUUGAAUCGUGGGUUUAGUUGUACUAAAUAUCUCUACCUUUAAUAUUCCGAUUCGUGUAUUUGCCAAACCAUUCCGAUUCUUCAAAAUUAGUGCUUAGCUAGGUACAAUAAAAUAUCAUAGUAAUCUAUUACAAGUAACAUAAUGUCUUACAUGACUAUUAUAGUCUUUACCUAAUAUCAUUUCCAAUAAAAAAAGUAAAAACACACUCACAAACCAUAUCAUUUUAGGUUAAGAAACAUGGAUGUAUGUUUAAUAAGAAUUAUUUUUAUGGAAGUUUAAAUUUUGUAAAGUAUUGUGCACAAGUGAAUUAAUCGAUGAACGCGAAGGCUAAAGCUACAGGAAGUUUAAAACAUUGUCCUGACAAGGUCGCUACGUUAAAACAUUGAUGAAAAAUAUGUGUAGUUAUUAGUCUUUGUAUUCAUGUUUUAUUUAUUUGUCGUUACCUGUAUGUAGUAAC